AUGGCAGACAACGAUAACCUUUGUACAGCAUCUCUGUACAUCAACAACCAAUUGCUAUCGCGAGGCCUUCUCCGCGAUGGCCAGACCAUCAACUUUGCCGACCCGGAGGACAAUCCGGGCGGCGUGGAGGCCACCAUGGGCAAGAUCAUGAGCAUAGUCAAUGACUUGAUCCUGCGCCGAGACCGCGACGCCGAACACCGCGAGAAUCUCUCGGCAACUCUGCGAACCAUCCGAGCAGAGAACCUCCGUUAUACAAACGAUAUUGCACGUCUCUCCGAGAAGCACACCGAAGCUCAGCGAAAGGUCGACAUCAGCGAAGCCACCGAGAACGCCCUACGCACCCAGCUCAAGUCGGCCGAUGCUGCUGUACGCGGCCUCAAAGACGAGGUAGCUCGUGCCAAGACCCUCGUCGCCCAAACACGCGCCUCGUGCGCGACGGAAGUCCGCCGUCGUGAUCGUCAGAUUGACGGUUUGAAGAAGCAGCUUGGAGACGCUGGACGUCCUCGCGGUACCGCAAAGAGUUCUGCAGUCACCGUUAUCAGCGUUGUCGCCGGCGAGGGCGAAGACAAGAUAUCACCCAAGCGGGGUGCCAGGGCAACCGCUAAUACCGACGACUCCGGCUACGACCUACGAAAGGAGACGAAUGAAUUCCUGACUGAGCUUGCCCACAAUCUGAGCGAAGAAAAUGAGUCUCUGCUGUCCCUCGUGCGACGGACCACAAAACGACUGCGUGAGAUGAGCGGCUGCGAUGUCAGGGCGAGCCAAGGAGAUGGUCACGCCGUGACUCUGGCCACGGCCGAGGAUAUGGCCACCGAGCUUGACGCUAUUCUGGAGCACCUCCGAUCUAUUCUUACGAACCCUUCAUUUGCCCCUAUUGAGGAAGUUGAAAUUCGUGAAGAGGAGAUUGCCCGCUUGCGCACCGGUUGGGUCAAGAUGGAGAACCGCUGGCAGGAGGCCGUCCACCUAAUUGACGGUUGGCGUCGGCGCAUGGCAGUCGAUGGAAAGCCUGUAAACAUGGAGGAGCUCAAGAUGGGUCUCCGUCUUAGCCCUGUUCGCGUGCGCGAUGUCGAGGAGACUCAACAGGGAGGUAUGGACAUGCACGAGCUCUCCUGUGUCCAAGAAGAAUGCACCGCCGAUUUUGAGGAAGAGCAAGAAGAAGGAGGCGAAGAGGAGGAAGAAGACGAGGAGGAGGUGAUGAUGCCUGAGUCUCCAUGCCCAGCUCCUCAACGAGUUGAAUCCCUCCACCUCGUGCCAGCGGCGCAGCGCGACAACGCGGGCCCUCGAGAAGUUCAGUAUGAUGAUGUGGAGAACCAAAGCGACUAUGAGUCCAGCAUUUAUGAGGAUGUCGACGUAGAGGAACUCGAUGUUGAAGAGCCCAACGUUCAGAUUCUCCAGCAGUCUACGGCAUACCUUAGCUCUCCUCCUCUCCCUCCUGCUCCUCAACUGAGCCCUCUCCGCGACUCGUCUUCGGCCGGUAACCGAGACGCGCGACCCCGCCGAGAGAAGGUAGGGGAUUUUACCACCAUCACUGAGGAGAAGACACGGGAGGUGCGUGCUGCUGAAGUCGCACCGAAGCCGCCACCGCACUUGACGCAGCUCCCACGAUCCCCUCAGAAGCCUUCGUACCCGGUUGACGACCGCUCUCGCACCACCUCGGCGGCAUCGAUUGCUUCUGAUUCGACUCACAAUGGAGCUCCUCUCAAGACACCUACCGAGUCUCCUCCUCCCUCUGUGGACCAGACCCCCACGAUCCGCAAGCUCCCCAAGGCACCUCGUCUGGUAGCAGCAGCAGCACCACCGCCGCCAGCAGAACAACAGUCCCCAACCGCCAAUGCCCGCAAGUUCUCCGAGGAGAGCAAUGGGAGCAACGUCAGCAACGACGGCCCACCCCCGGGCCCUGCAACCCAACCCAAUGGCACCAAAACACCAGCUCGCACGCCGUUGCGCCGCGUUCCCUCACGCCUUCCCCUGCCACGCCCCGCUGAGCAGCAACCUCAGCAGAGCCCUCUGACGAUGGCAACAAUUGCCGCCAAACUUGCCGCAUCAGAACGCGAAGCCGACGCUGCUCGUGUCCGCGCCAAGCUCAAGGCGGCUCGAGGGGGCGCAAGCAAGACGACCGCGCCGCCGCCACAGCAGCAGCAGACUACACAGGCCAUGCCUCCCCCUCCACCAGAGACCAUCGUUGCCGUCCCCCCGGAACCUCAACAAUCUAACGACACGACUGCUGCCCCAGAACAAAAUCAAGACCUGGAUCCCGUCAAGCGAGAUCCUCCUCAAGACGAGGAACAGCCGCUUCAGCCAGCAAAGCGCAAGCGCGACAGACGCGUGAGCAAGGUUGUUUCGAGGAGAAGGAGCACACUCAGUCCCUGGGAGAUGGAGAGUCUUAUUUCGGGCAGCGUCGCCGUUCCCCCGUCACCGGCGCGGUAA